UCGCCACUUACUGGUUAAGACAUGUGUGAUGGCGUACGAUUAGUUCUAUUUCUCUUUUAGAGUCAAACGCUUGUAAAUAUUUGCACAAAACAAUGAGAAUCAAAGUGUUAAUUGUUUUGGCUGUGAUAGUGCUAAGUGAAGGGAGAAAAUUCACAAGAUGUCAGCUGGCGAUGGAGUUGUUGAAAACAUGUAUCAUUGAGAAAACUUUCUUGGGGAAUUGGGUGUGCUUAAUAGAAAAAGUGAGCAACAGGGACACAAAGGCGUUUACUGUUACCCCGAGUGGAAAGAAGAGUUACGGACUUUACCAGAUACCCCAAAAAUGGUGCCGCGAAGGGAAACCCGGAGGCGGCUGCAAAAUAUCAUGUGAAUCACUCCUUGAUGACGAUAUCAGGGAUGCCACCAGAUGCGCUAAUCAAAUCUUCCAGAUGGAAGGGUUCAAGUACUGGACCCAGUGGACUGCCCGGUGCAAGAACAACGAUAUGAUCACCAAAGAGAUUUACAAAUGUCCAGACUUGAAUUCCCCACGCAGCAGUCCUGAGAGAGGUGCUCGUUUAAGCGAUUCUACCUUACACUACAGAUUAAGACGCAGGAGGUCUUUAAGGCACCUCAUUUCGCUGAAAAACAGACCCAAUUUGGAAGAUCUAGUCGUAUAAAUUACCUAUGCCAAAUAUAACUGUAUUUUUAUGGACACUAUUAAAAUAUUAUUGUUGAUUG